AUGUUCCGUCGCGCUGCCAAGUGCAGCGCAGUGACUCUGGACGGCGUCACGGUCACCUCCAUCGAGUGGGAUCAGCCUUCUCCCGCCAUGGCGCGAGACAUAGUCGCAAGCUGGAAGACCCUCGACGGUGCUACCGGACGGACUACAUUCGAUUACCUCAUCGACGCCAGCGGCCGUGCAGGCAUACUGAGCACGCAGUACCUCAAGAGCCGCAAGCUCAACAACAGUCUCAAGAAUGUCGCGCGCUGGGCAUAUUGGGAGGGCGAUGGCAUUGAGAAGCAUUCUCCGGGGGCGACGCGCGAAGUCGGUCACGUUAUCGAGCAGGAGAUCUCGAACAAGAAGGCUGAGCUCUGCUCUGCCGCAGACCCGUCAGUCACUGAGGACUUGCUUGGCCACUACCUCACUGAACUCAAGCUUGCACCCCGCAUCCAGGAUCCCAUUGCCGACGACAAGCUCAUCGCAAGCAAGAACGGUGCGGCGACGGUCCGCAGCGCGAGUGGCUACUCAUACUUGGGUUCGUCCUACGCCAGUGCCUUCAUCGGCCCCUACUUCUCUUCUGGCAUCCACCUCGCCCUCUCCAGCGGUCUAUCCGCUGCCGCGACGAUCAGCGCCCUCAUCAAGGGCAACAUCUUCGAGACCGACGCUGCCGAAUGGCACACUGUCAAGGUCGGAACCGGGUACAUGCGCUUCCUGUAUGUCGUCUGGUCUGCGUACCGGCAGAUCCGGUCGCAGAGCGUUCCCGUGCUCUCGGACUCUGACGAGGACAACUUCGAUUGCGCAUUCGCUCACUUCCGGCCAGUCAUCCGGGACAACGCGGACGUGGGCAAAGACAUGAGCGAGAGCGAGUUGCAGGUGACGAUCGAGUUCUGCAUGCAGGCGUACGUCGAGCCGCCGAACCCCGAAGAGCGUGUGGCUGUCAAGGCACGCGUCGGGGACCUCAAGCUCGAGGAAGCGGUCAAGGCGCUCGACGGAAACCUCUCGGCUGUCCAACGGCAUCAACAGCGCCCUGAACGGGAGGAGCUGAACGGCUACCGCAUCAAGCUCGUUCAGGGCUCGCUCGGCCUCGAGCAGGCAUGA